AUGGCUAAAAUAAGGAACAAAUAUUGCUAUCAAGAGAUAACAAGUGCUGGCAAGGUUGUAGAGAAAUUUAAGCCCUUGAAAAUUUUUGAUGGGAAUGUGAAACGGUAUAACCCCUAUGGAAAACAACCAAACUGCACUUUUGUGACUGAGUUCAUCUUUGAAGGUUUUUCCAGCUUUGGGUGGCAGCACAGACUGAUCUACUUUGCUGUCUUUCUCACUCUGUACCUGCUGACUCUCUCUGGAAAUGUGAUUAUUGUGACCAUUAUUCACUUGGACCGUCAUCUUCAUACUCCCAUGUACUUCUUCCUGUGUGUACUGUCCAUCUCUGACACCUGCUACACAGUGGCUAUCAUCCCACGUAUGCUUUCUGGCCUCCUGAGUCCACAUCAGACCAUUGCCUUUCAAGAAUGUGCCACUCAGCUCUUCUUCUAUCUCACCUUUGGCAUCAACAACUGCUUCCUGCUCAUGGCUAUGGGUUAUGACCGCUAUGUAGCCAUCUGUAACCCCCUACGUUAUUCGGUCAUCAUGGGUAAGAGGACCUGUACCCAACUGGCAUGUGGUUCACUGGGAAUCGGUCUGGGCAUGGCCAUUACCCAGGUAACAUCUGUGUUUGCUCUGCCCUUCUGUGGUGCCUUUGUCAUCCCCCACUUCUUCUGUGAUGUAAGACCUCUGCUGAAGCUGGCUUGCACAGACACCACUGUGAAUGAGAUCAUCAACUUCAUUGUCAGUGUCUUUGUACUUAUAUUGCCAAUGGGUGUGGUUUUCAUUUCCUAUGUCCUCAUUAUCUCCACCAUUCUUAAAAUUGCUUCAGCUGAGGGUCGGAAGAAGGCCUUUGCCACCUGUGCCUCUCACCUCACAGUGGUCAUCAUUCACUACGGCUGCACCUCUAUCAUUUACCUUAAACCUAAAUCCCAGAGUUCCCUGGGGCAGGACAGACUCAUCUCUGUGAUCUACACUGUCAUCACCCCUCUGCUGAACCCUCUCGUGUACAGCCUGAGGAACAAGGAGGUCAAAGAUGCUCUCUGCAGAGCCAUGGGUAGAAAGCCACUCUCAUAA